AAAAAUUCCUUAAUCCAUGUGUGUUAUUAUCAUUUUCAUAGUAUUUCAAUUUUUAUGAUCAUAAUUAUUAUUAGCGUGCAUAUCAUUUGAAAACCGAGAGUUGUGCAAAAAUUGUAUCAAUCAAAAUGAAAAAAAUGAUUUUCCUAAUGAAAAUCGUCCUAUCAGUGCUAAUCUUGUUUAUUAUACCGGUAUUCGGUGGUGCUUUGAGUAAAACUGUCUUGUAUCAAGCACCAGAUGAAUGUCGCUGGUCCGGUUCGAACGAAAAUGACAUAACGCUUGUCUGUCAUUUGCGUACAAUAAACUCGGAACUUGAGAACACGAACUUUAGUGUCAUUCAACCACAAAAUACUAUACGAUUGCGGUUAGAGUGCAAUGAUGCUCUGUUCUUUCAAAGCAGCCUAAGUCCAGACAGUUUUCGAUCAUUGGUGGAGUUGCGUGCACUAACCAUAGAGUACUGUAAGUUAGGAAACUUAACUGAUGGUUCGUUUCGUGGCCUUCAAGACUUACGUAAUUUAACGAUACGCACCCACAAUGGCGAUUGGUCGACUAUGUCUCUGGAUAUUUCGCCCACCAGCUUUAAUGAGUUCCGGCAGCUAGAUCGUUUAGAUCUUAGUCUCAAUAAUAUCUGGCUUAUACCUGACGGUAUGAUAUGCCCGUUAAAAGUUCUCAAGCAUUUAAAUAUAUCGAACAAUGAAAUACAAGAUAUUGGAAAUUUUCACUUUAGUGCCUCGCUAAGCACACGUAAAUCACGUAUAUGCGGUUCUUCGUUAACAAGCAUCGAUCUUAGUCAUAAUAAAAUUGCCAAUCUUCCUUCGGCGAUUUUUUCAGGUUUGAGUCGUUUGGCAAACUUGAAUUUAGCUCGCAAUGGUAUGAAUUUCAUCGCUGAUCGAGCCUUCGAAGGGUUAGUUUCUCUGCAAGUGGUAGAUUUAUCAGAAAAUCGUCUCACUUCUUUACCACCCGAACUGUUUUCUGAAGCCAAGUUUGUUAAAAAUGUGUAUUUAAAAAACAAUAGCAUCAAUGUAUUGGCUCCUGGACUGUUUAGUGAAUUAGCUGAUUUACUCGUCUUAGAUUUAUCAGCAAAUGAACUUAAUUCUCAGUGGGUUAAUUCAGCUACGUUUGUCGGCCUCAAACGAUUAAUGUCACUCGAUUUGUCGUCCAAUAAAAUUAGCAAACUGGAAGCAAAUAUUUUUCGUGCUUUGAUUAGCCUGCAAAUACUAAAACUAGAAGAAAACUACAUUGAUCAUAUCCCUGAUGGCGUUUUCAAUGAUUUAACUAACCUGCAUACGCUCAUCCUUUCUAAUAACCGAAUAUCCACUGUUGGCCAGAGUACUUUUCGUGGUUUAUAUGGCAUCUUGGUAUUGAGCUUAGACUAUAAUCGCAUUGCAAAAAUAGACACGCAAGCAUUUAAGAAUUGCUCUAGCAUACAGGACCUACAUCUCAACGGCAAUAAACUGCAAAGUGUACCCGAUGCACUUUCCUACGUGCCAUUGUUGAAAACUCUCGAUAUGGGUGAAAAUUUAAUCGUGACCAUUGAAAACACAUCCAUAACAGUAAUGGAAAACCUGUACGGCUUGCGUCUCACUGAAAACGCCAUCGACUACAUAAGACGUGGUGUGUUUGAUCGCAUGACUUCAUUGCAGAUACUAAAUUUGUCUGGCAACAAAAUUAAAGGCAUUGAGGCUGGCGCUCUGCAUCGCAACACGCAGCUGCAGGCCAUACGUUUGGAUAGCAAUCAUUUGAAAAAUAUAGCGGGACUUUUUACAGACUUGCCAAAUUUAGUUUGGCUUAACAUAUCAGACAACCGACUAGAGAAGUUUGAUUAUUCACACAUUCCCACUGGUUUGCAAUGGUUGGAUGUGCGCGCCAAUCGCAUUACUCAGUUGGGCAAUUACUUUGAAAUUGAAAAUGAACUGAGCUUGACCACUUUCGAUGCUAGCUCUAAUUUGCUUAGCGAAAUAACAGCAGGCUCUAUACCAAACAGCAUUGAAGUUUUAUAUUUGAACGAUAACCUCAUUAGUAAAAUACAGCCAUAUACGUUCUUCAAAAAGCCGAAUCUCACCAGAGUCGAUCUCAUACGUAAUAAACUUACAACGCUAGAGCCAAAUGCGUUGCGUCUUUCCCCCAUACCCGAUGACCGUGACAUUCCAGAGUUUUACAUAGGACACAAUCCCUUUCAGUGCGAUUGCAAUCUCGAUUGGUUACAAAAGGUGAACGUUGAAUCGCGCACGCAACCAAAGCUUAUGGAUUUGGAUCAAAUUUACUGCAAGUUAGCCUACGCACGGGGUAAAACGCAUGUGCCACUCAUCGAAGCCAAAUCGAAUGAGUUCUUGUGUAAGUAUGAGACGCAUUGCUUUGCUCUGUGCCACUGCUGUGACUUUUAUGCCUGCGAUUGCAAAAUGGAAUGCCCCGAACGUUGUGCUUGCUACCACGACCAGUCGUGGACAUCUAAUGUUGUUGACUGUUCGCGCUCUGCCUAUGAUCGCGAAUUGCCAUCCCACAUACCGAUGGAUUCCACACAACUGUACUUGGACGGUAACAACUUCAAAGAAUUGUCUAGUCAUGCCUUUAUUGGUCGCAAACGCUUGAAGGUUUUGCAUUUAAACCAUUCUCGUAUUGAAAUGAUUCAUAACCGUACAUUUUACGGUCUACUGGAGUUAGAAGUAUUACAACUAAAUCACAACGAUUUACGUAACUUGAAUGGUAACGAAUUCCAAGGCCUCGAUAACUUGCAAGAACUUUACAUACAACACAAUUCUAUUUCGACGAUCGACUCACUAACAUUCACGCAUUUGUACCACUUAAAAAUAUUACGCUUAGACCACAAUCUAAUUAUUGAGUUUGCAAUAUGGAACUUUCUACCACCUUAUCUAAAUGAAUUGCGUUUGUCGGGCAAUCCUUGGUCAUGCAAUUGUGCUUUUGUCGACAAAUUCCGUGACUACAUGAGUCGCUAUGAAUCAGUGCAAGACAAACAAAAGCUACGUUGCUCAGCUCUCGCUGGCAGCAAUGGCACUGUGGGCAUUAACAUCACAUCUCUCACGCAACAACCCAUUGAACAGUUUACUCUGUAUCUUAGUCCGGAAAUACUUAAAGAGGGCAACACGCGUUAUUUGGCAUGCAGUGGUUUAUUACAACAACAUUUACUAGGUGCUAAUGGCGCUAACGGUCUCCUCAAUGGCGACAUCAACGAUAACAUCAUAAUCAACGGCAACAUGACUUCAACUAAAAUGAUUCUCUCGCAACCACCGAUGCAUGACUAUGUGCCAAUCUUAGUUGCCAUAUUAACCGGAUUUGUGUUUGUGAUUAUCUGUACGCUACUAGUGUUCAUAUUUCGUCAAGAGAUGCGCGUGUGGUGUCAUUCUCGUUUUGGUAUACGUCUCUUUUAUAAUGGAAACAAAGACAUGGACAAGAAUGAACGUGAAAAACUUUUUGAUGCAUUCAUCUCGUACAGUACGAAAGAUGAAGCAUUUGUUACGGAAGAGUUAGCUCCUUUACUCGAACAAGGCGAAACUCGUUACAAAUUGUGUUUGCAAAGUCGAGACUUUCCAGUCGGCGGCUAUAUGGCUGAUGCUAUUGUACAGGCUAUCGACACAUCAAGACGCACAAUAAUGCUGCUCUCAGAAAAUUUCAUUAAAUCGGAAUGGUGUCGUUUUGAAUUCAAAUCAGCGCAUCAGUCAGUAUUAAGGGAUCGAAGAAAACGUUUAAUUGUAAUAGUGUUGGGUGAGGUGCCACAGAAAGAUCUUGAUCCCGAUUUAAGAUUGUACCUUAAGACCAAUGCAUAUUUGCAAUGGGGUGAUAAGCUAUUUUGGGAGAAGUUACGAUUCGCUCUGCCGGACGUACCCAACAAUCAACGCCGGCUUCAUGCGGUUGGUCAACACUGUACAGGCGCUGUUCAUAUGCCAAUAGCACCACACCAUCAUCACCUGCAAACGCAUCAUUUACAUCAUAUGCAUCCACAAGCUCAGUUACAACAACAUCACCUGCAACAUGCGAGUUUUCGCUCGCAAAUGCAUCAUAAUAUUAAUGCCAGCCGUCAGAAUCACAAUCGAAACGCCAGCAAUCCGGCACAGCAAUCAACCAUGCUAAUGAAUCCUCCUUGUCCAAGUGGGCCGCCACUGCAAUCAAUGCCUUUACCUAAUAGCCAGAGCAGCAUACAACACCAAAGCUUGCCGCUCCCACCAUGUCCAAGCCCAAGAAGUGCCAACACACAGUCAUCGGCAGGAGGUUCAUCGACGAAUUCUUCACGCACAGUAGCUGUGCAUAUUUAGGUAUUUAGUAUAGAUUAGAGUAUAUGACCUCCAAUGGAACACCAAUGAAUGCGCCAAAUAAUGCCUCACAAUAUGUAUGUACUGAAAGAAAUGGAAGAAAGAAAUCAAAAUUUUGUUGUUACUUUUAUUGCUCUUCCCUUUACGGUUCAUAUUGUUUUGCUUACAGUCAAUCAUUUUAAAUGACCAUUCAACUGCUUCAAAUGGUAGGCAGAAAAACAGACAGCUAUCAAUUUUGGCAUUUUUUAUGAUAUCGCAGCGUAGGACAACUAUACACGAAAAACGAAACGAAUAGUUCGAAACGGAAAACUCAUUACAAUAACAGCCCGAUAAACGCGAUAUCCAACAACUGCAGCCAACAAAUGAUGAUAAAAUGACUGGUUGUCAAGCAGACAUAAGGGGUUUGGUCUCGGGUGAAUGAAAAAGGGGAAAGACGAUCAGGUGGACUGACAGACUGACGGACGGACAUGAAGACAUUCUGACACCCAGUACAAAACAGAACAAACAAGGUAGCCGGAGCAGCCAAAUAAUGAACGAGACAAAAGCCGUGGUCAUAAAGAACCUUUUGGCACAAUAGCAAUGCCAACAAGCGUAGCAAACGAGCCAAGAUGCAAAUGAGCUUGGGUACCUUAGUUUGUUUUCUCCGUCUUUUUUUUUUAUUUAUUUAUUUUUUUUUCUCUUGUUUGCUUUUUUCACAAUUUUUGCUUUUUGCGACCGCGCUCUUGAUGUGCAUUUUGCAUUUUGGUGUACGAUAAAUGACUUGACUUUUGUGAAACUCCGUGUGGUGGGGAGAAUCAUGGAGCUCAAAGCGUACGCAUUUGUUGCUUCCUUCGUGUGCCGUGUCCGUGUAUUUACGUUUACCUUAAAAUAUAAAACAAGAAAUUGAUGUUGCAUGCAACGCUAAAGGAAAAUGUUACCAACUGAGAAUGAGCAAGCAAAACAAAACAAAACCGGCAAUAGAAUACAACAACAAAAAUGGUAAAAACAUAAAAGGGACGAAUGAGGAAAAGAGAGAAAAGCAUGCAGACAUUUCAUGCCAAACAGCAUAAAAUAUAAUGACAAGACAGACGAACAGGGACGGGCAGACAGAUAAACGGGCAAGUAUUCAAACAGUCAAGAGUGACUAUAAGAAAAAAAAAA